AUGGCCAAAUGGCGCCGGUUACUUAGCAUCUACCGGAUACGCACCACCACCCUUUUUACGGUAUUCUGCUUGCUGGCCGUCGUCUACCUCAAAACUGGGCAUGAUUCUAAGAUAGAGGAAAACUUCCGGCAGUAUGGCCUGGCCGUCCAGCCGGAGCCCAGGAUACCGGAUUAUGCGGCCAAUCCGGUAAGCAAAAACGGAAGCGUCAAGGAAGAACUGAAAGACGAAUUCGUGGCCGCAGUGCUGGUAAUCUGCGCCAAUCGUCAUCAAGCAGUCAAAAAUCAUCUCGGGCAACUCAUAAAGUACCGCCCCAACCCCAAAAACUUCCCAAUCAUCAUCAGCCAAGACGGGUCGGCAGUGCUAGUCAGGAAUGCCAUUAAAGAAGUCGCCAGCGAGGAGCGAUAUAUUUUUAAUCAAACGCACACACCAAAGGGCAAAAACAACUACCAGAAAAUUGCCGAGCACUACAAAUGGGCGCUUGAUACGGUGUUUUUCGAGCACGGGUACUCGCAUGUGAUUAUUACGGAAGAGGAUCUCGACAUUGCGCCUGACUUCUUCCUAUAUUUUGCCGCCACCAAGAAGUUGCUGAUGGCGGAUAAAUCCUUAUGGUGCAUAUCAGCGUGGAAUGAUAACGGUGGCAGCCAGUUGAUUGACAGGAAAAGGCCAGGGUUGCUAUGGAGGACCGAUUUCUUCCCUGGACUAGGCUGGAUGCUGUCAAGGGAAACGUGGCGGGAGUUGUCACCGGGAUUUCCGGACAUAUUUUGGGAUGACUGGAUGCGAAGGCCGGACGUCAAGAAGGAAAGGGCUUGCAUACGGCCGGAAGUCAGCCGGACUAGCCAUAAUAUGCAGGUGGCCGGGAAGGGAAGCAGCAAGGGGCUCUACAAAAAAUAUCUCGAAGCCAUCACACUUCCGGUGGAACCUAUCAACUUCCUCAACCUAGACCUAAACUACCUCAAGAAGGAAAACUACGACUUGUGGAUGAAGCGGAACUUGGAAGAGGCAAAGCCAAUCUCCCGAGAAGAGCUCAUCGCUGGGAAACUAGACCCUCAAAACGCCUACAGAUCCACUUUCUCAAACGCGCGUCACUAUACCGACGUUGCGAUGAAGUAUUCGGUGAUGUAUGACCUAAGAUCCGGAAUGCCCAGAACAGCCUACCAGGGGAUCGUAACUUUCCUAGUGAAUGGCGCUCGGGUCUACUUCCACUCGGAUUUGAUACAAUUGGAUCAAUUUGGAAAUCAGACUCAUACUCAGGUCUACAACCCCGACUGGGAGCACCAGGGUCGAUAUCUGGAAUUUGCUCGGCAAUACUGCGUUACAAAAUGGAAAGGAAAAUGCGACCCAGCCGACCCGGAAAUGGCCGCUUGGAUCCAAAAACGACGUAUCAAACUUCAAAACUGGGGAAAAAUGAUCUUAAUA